CUUGUUCGUCACUCUUGAUUAUCAUUCUGACGGCUUCAUUCAUGGAGGCCAUGUAAGCAGUUGGUUACUACGUAGACGCUACAAGUUUGUGAGAAAUGGAUAAAGGAAAGCGUGUAAUCUGCAAGUUUUGCAAUGGCUACUACGAUUUUGGAAGCGAACAGCCUGUUUGCUCUACAUGUCACGCAUUCGUUUAUGAAUUCUGUUCUACCUCAAUGACGGAAAGCUUAAUGUUGGACAAGAAGGAGGCGUCCAAUGACAGUGGUAAUGAGGAACCUGAGCGCGGUUCGGACUUCUAUUCAACCACAGACUGGUAUGAUGCGUCCGAGUCAGUGGAAUUCCCAUCAUCCACGAACGGUGGCAUGAAUAUGCAUUUGGUGGAUGUCGAGAACGUUGGCUUGCCACAAUCCCAUGUGUUACAGCGCCCAUGUCCUCUUCGUCAGCAGCAAAAAUCACAACAGCAACACCAGUUUCUCAACUCGCCCAGUUUUCUUCCCAUGUGUUAUCACAAACGAUCCACAAAGCAUCCACAGCGUUAUCCUUCUUUGGAUGAUCUCCCCACAGAAAUAUUACUGCAUAUAUUUGGUUUGCUCGACGAUAUCUCUCUGUGGACGAUGCGCCAAGUUUCCCGCAGAUGUCGUCAAAUCAUAGAUGAAGAGGUCUCAGAUCAAGAGUGGUGUGAGUUUGUACACGUUCGAUGGCCCCUUUUCACACCACAACAUCGGGUCACUAGUUGGAGGCAGCUGUACUUGAACUUAAUGGAAAGUGUCACUUGUCGGUUUUGUCUAGAACGGUUGCGAUUUCCUGUACUGUUCCCAGUGGAAGCACCCAACUUACGCUUUCGUCGAAUUGUGCAUGAGAUUAAAAAUCUGUGCACAGAUCCUCCUUUUGGAAUCCGUGUAUUAGCCCUGGAUAAGGACACCUACUCGCAUUGUCUGGCUGGGAUUGAGGGUCCUCCCCAGUCUCCUUACCAGGGCGGUCUAUUUCAUGUUCACAUUCUUGUCCCUGAUAGCUACCCCAUCCGUCCACCUGUGAUCCGAUUCCUCACUCGAAUUCUGCACCCAAAUAUCAGUCUCCAUGGUGACGUUGGCAUGGAUUGUAUUCAGCAUAACUGGAGUUUAGCUCUCACAUUGGAAAAACUACUAAUCAGCUUACAGUCACUUCUUACUGAUCCAUACACCAUGGUUUGUAUGGAGCCAGUCAUUGGAACCCUGUACACACAGGAUAGAGCUAGGUUCGAAGAGCUUGCCCAGUUGUGGACGUGGAAGUUUGCUUGUCAUGACUACCUGUCCGUCGAUUUUGUUUCUUCAAUGGCCUUGCCUGAUUACAUGGAGCAAAUACAAAGGCGUCUUAGCAGAUGAAAAUGUGUGUCCACUCCUGUCUGGUCGGCGUUAUUCAGUUGCUAGUUGUUCGAUUGCAUUCCACUUUGUUUGCACAUUCCUAGAUGGGCGAGUCUGUCCCGUAGCCCACUAAAGGAUGUGGGAACAUUUGAUCAUGUCGGGCUUUCAUUUCCCGUAUCACUCAUUUAUCCUGCCACGAAUGCACUCAGUGACAUCCUUAUCACCUAACUGUGUGUUGUACAUCCUCCUGUUAUUCUGGCAACCUUGUGUGCUGCGAUACUCACGGACCCAUGUUGGAAGGUUAAUUUGAAACUUCGACUAUUGAUUUCGUUUAUUUUUUCACGUCCUGCUUUAACCCUUUCCCAUUGCAUUUCCAUCUUAUUUGCUUUGAAUCCCCUCUUUACCAGCGCGUGUACAGCUUUGUAUGUUUCGCUUGAUUUAAAUGUCUUGUGAGUCGA